CAAUUACAGAAACCUUUUUCCAACAGAUCAUAUAAAAUACAAAAACCUCUCUUAUUAACAACUUUCAGUUCGAUCACAAACCCUAACUAUGGCGGCUCCAAUCGAGUCUGUGCAAUGCUUCGGCCGGAAGAAGACCGCAGUUGCUGUAACAUACUGCAAGCGCGGCCGAGGCUUGAUCAAGAUCAACGGCUGCCCAAUCGAGCUCGUCGAACCUGAGAUCUUACGCUUCAAGGCCUACGAACCCAUCCUCCUUCUCGGCCGACACCGCUUCUCCGGCGUCGACAUGCGAAUCAGAGUCAAAGGCGGAGGCCACACCUCACAGAUCUACGCUAUCCGCCAGAGCAUCGCUAAGGCUCUCGUUGCCUUUUACCAGAAGUACGUCGACGAACAGAGCAAGAAGGAGAUAAAGGACAUUCUCGUUCGCUACGAUCGGACUUUGCUCGUCGCUGAUCCUAGACGCUGUGAGCCGAAGAAGUUUGGUGGUCGUGGAGCUCGUGCUAGAUUCCAGAAAUCAUAUCGUUGAUCGAAGUGUUUUAGGCGUCCAUGGCCCAAAUCGCUUGUUGUUGGACAACUUCUUGACAAUUUUCCUGAGGUUCAUAUGGCCGUAUGGUUGAGAUUUCAUAUAUGUGAAAUUGCACUAAAAAUUAUUAUUAUAAAUAAAAAUAAGGACUACCUAUUAGUUUUCA